CCCAUCCACCCACGCCACCACCGCUUUGCUUUCCCGAUGCGAAUUACCAGCGUGCCACUGCCUCGACGAUGCGAGCUGAACCAGCCGUCACCGUCAAGUAACGCGCCCCCACCCCACCCCGCGUUCAGGCUCCUUCUGGGGGAGGCCGCGGCUCAUCUCCCCGGCCGCGCCCCACCGGCGCCUGCCCGCCUUUAACACCCCCGCCUCCGUUACUGUCUUCCCCCUUCCCACCUCCCUCACCCGCUGUGCUCAUCGACAGGACGAGCCCUCGCCGAUUUGAUUUGGUUUCGUUUCGUUUGAUUCGACUGUGACGAAUUAAGAAGGGGGAAGAAGGGAUAUUUGAUUCGUUGUUGUUAGUUCGUUUGGAUGGGUGGAGGCGGUUCUUGCAUUUGAGAGCUCCGGAUUUCUUGGACAGGUAAAGAAGACUCCCUUUUUCCUCUCGGCCGGCGGAUGGACGCGAGGGAAGUGUAAAGCCUGGUCUCUAACUGAUGCUCGUGGAGAGAUUCGGAGGAGUGGAGCGCGCGGUGAGGAGGCGGUGGAGGCGGAAGCGCCGACGAGGUGGUCAUAGCAGCGACGGAAGGGGCUCAGCCGGCGGGCGAGGAGAACAGCGCCAGGGGGACGACGGCCGCCGCCAUGGGCGAGUCGCUGCUCACCGCGCUCUCCAUGGACACCGCCCACCAUCCACACCAGGGCCCCUCCACCUUCCUCUCCAUGGACACCGUCUCCCACGACGAGUUCGACCUCUUCCUCCUGCCGCCAGGGCCCUUCCGUCGCUGCCUACAUGCGGCGGCAGCCGCCCCCCCUGACAUCAAUCUCCCCCUUGCCGCCGACCCCUCUCCGCCCCCUCCGGCGCUGCAGCCCACCGCGCCGCACGACUCCAACGUCGAGAUGCUUGAUGUCGGCCUCGGCGGCCCGCAACACUACGAUUCGGGUUCGCCCUCUGCUGCCGGUGCUGCCUCGGCCCCGGCAGCUGCCCCGACUACCAUGGUCGCCGUGUCGCACACCAGAGGCUCCAGUUCCAGCGCUGCGCGCAAGUGCGUCAAGCGGAACGAUGGCAUCUGGGGCGCCUGGUUCUUCUUCACCCACUACUUCAAGCCGGUCGUGUCAACCGACAAGGGUGGCAAGGCAAAGGCAGCUGCCACCGGUGGGAAUGGUACUAGUGCCACACUGGACGCUUUCCUGGUGCAGCACGACAUGGAGAACAUGUACAUGUGGGCGUUUAAGGAGCGGACGGAGAAUGCCCUGGGGAAGAUGCAGCUGAGGAGCUUCAUGAAUGGGCACUCACGCCUUGGGGAACCACAGUUCCCUUUCAGCGCAGAGAAAGGGUUUGUGCGCUCGCACAGGAUGCAGCGCAAGCACUACCGGGGGCUCUCAAAUCCGCAGUGCCUGCAUGGGAUUGAGAUCGUGAGGGCACCAAACUUUGCAGGUGUACCAGAUGCUGAUUUGAAGAGGUGGAUGGAGCUCACUGGGAGGGAUGCUAAUUUCUCGAUCCCAACCGAGGCAAGUGACUUUGAGUCAUGGAGGAAUUUGCCUAGCACAGACUUCGAGCUCGAGAGGCCAGCAAGUGCUGCUCUGGCAAAGAGCAGCUCACACGGGCACCAUAAGAAGUUGCUGAAUGGUACUGGCCUUAACCUCUCGACACAGCCAUCCAAUCAUGGUUCUGGAGAUGGUAUGGACAUCUCAGCCAUUUGCAACAAGCGCAGGAAAGAUUCCUCACCUGCUGCAAUGGAAGAGGAUUGUAGCAAUUCAAAUUCAGACAAGGUCCAGGACAUGGAUGUGAGCCACACUUUUGAGCCAUCAUGGAUGAAUGAUUUCUCUGGUGUGAUGCGUCAUGCUUCUGGGCCAGUAACUGCUGCAAAAACAAUAUAUGAGGAUAGCAAGAGCUACUUGAUCAUCAUUAGCCUGCCCUUUGCUGAUAUACAAAGGGUGAAGGUUUCAUGGAAGAAUACUCUUACAAAUGGGAUCGUUAAGGUAUCAUGCACUAGUGUUGGUCGGAUGCCAUUCCUGAGAAGACAUGAUCGGACGUUUAAGUUGGUGGAUCCUGCACCUGAGCAUUGCCCACCUGGAGAGUUUGUCCGGGAAAUUCCACUGCCUACCCGGAUCCCUGAAGAUGCUACCUUUGAAGCAUACCGUGAUGAAACAGGAACAGGCCUAGAGAUUAUUGUCCCUAAAUUCCGCGUUGGUCCUGAAGAACAUGAAGUGCAUGUGUCCAUGAGGCCACCCUCGGCAUGGUGCCAAUGAAAACAUGUUCAAGCUUGCGAGGAGACGUGGUGCAGAGGUUCCCUAUUGUUACCAUUAAGCUACUGUACAACAACAGAUGCAGCUCAUUUUUGCUAAUUGAUUGAAGCAUCCCGGUAGUUGGCAAUUGCAGCAAUUGGAACAUUUUAGGAAUACACUACAGGUCACAAGGAACAUAUCUGCGUUAGUUCUUGGUUUCGAUAUGUUUGCUAUGGGAUACCUUAUGUAUUAUCUUUUGUUUUAGUUGGGAUUUUCGUUGUGUCAAAAGAUUGGUUGUCUGCUUGGUGUGCUUCUAUCUGUGCAUCACCCACGCGAGCAAUUUAUAGUAAUUUAUAGUAAUGGCUCCUGAUAACUGUAUAGUCAUUUAUAGUAAUUUUCCAUAGAUGGUGAAUGAUUGCUUGUGGACAUCCUUGGAAAAUUUAUCUCAAAUAGAUGGAAACUAGGAAAGGAGUACAUGUCAGUGUCUUUAGGAUUUGUCGAUGUUUUCAUGGGAGUUAGUUGUUUUGUAGCCUUUGUGAACCUUUUCCAGGAAUUUCUGGAAGACAAUGUAAUAUAUUAGAAAAUGCAUCUUAUCUGUUAUCAAUAUAGAAGUGAUCACUGUCUAUCAGUAA